AUGGAAAUCACACCCAAUGAGGUGCAGAUCUGCUCCUUUACAUUGUGGAAAGACGACUUCGCAGAAGGCGAGUGGAAACAGAUUACCCAAAGCCCAGUCAAAUCAGCCAAGCGUAUUUUGGAACAAGAUGGAUUCAAAGAACCUUUCAAUGCGCCAUUUGGCCGAACCUAUCACCUCAACCAGAAAAAUUGUCCACCAAAUGUAUCCACAUCCGUGCAAUUUCAUGCUGAGAUCCAUACAAGCAAUCUUGCCAAGAUCCUGAAGCGUUCGGGGUUUAACCGGCUGUUCAUUGUUCCAAAGGAUGCCUCGGGCCGACCUGACCCCCAAUGGAGAGCUCUGUGGCUUGACUUACCAGUGCAACAAAUUGAACAAAGUGCCUUACCAAACCCAUCAGCUGCAGGCCUCAUCAAAGGACGCCGCUCCCUGGGGCUUCGAGUUUUGGCUAAGAAUUUUGAGACCACGUGGAAACAGUUUUUUCCAGAUCAACCGGUGCCAGAGCCAAUACCACAGGGAGAUACAUGGAAAGUGCAGCCAUUGCCAGCAGGCAUGGACCGGAAAAUCCUUCAGGCAUGGGGUACAUCAGUGAACUGGGAGAUCCACCCACUCCGACCAGUGGGGGCACGUGCGUGGCUUGUCUUGGCCACAGAAGCCCCGCCUAAAGACAUCCUGCAGUUCAACAGCAACCCAUUGAUUAUCAAAAAGUUGCCCUCACGAUCGCCACACCAGACGGUAGGUUUGGUUGCAGGUCCCAUGUCCAAGCCAUCCAAGGUGCAGACAGCUGACACUUCCAGUGUCAAAGCGAUGUCAGUAUUUCGACAAGGUGACCCAUAUUCAGACCCUUGGAAUUCAUGGAAGCCAACCACUCAGAACAGUCCAAGUGCCAUGGCUUCGACAGCUCAGCAAACUGGACCAACUGCAGCGCAUCUGGAGAAGCAUGAUCAACAGCUCAAAGACCUUGAAACGGCAGUUCAAAAGUUGCAGGUGGACCAACAACAGCACACGACAGCUGUGGACAUGAAACUGUCCGAGAUGGAUGCCAAAUUGCAAGUCAGCCAUGAAGAAACGAAGAAUGCUUUUCAAUCCUUUCGAACUGACUUUGAAUCUACGCUGCAAAAAGCUUUGGGCCAACAAGAUCAGACUUGCACAGUUAAUGCAGGAGUCCGAGUAGGAGAAGCAGAGAAUCCAGGACCAUCGACCUCAGAGCGGCAUAGCAUUUCUGUGGGCCUAGUCAACCCAACUGCUAUCUUGAACAAGCAUUCGCAACUGGCGGAGCUGCACUGUGGAAUCCUAGCCUGCUCCGAAACCAGUGCCACCAAGACAGUCCAAAACCUUAUGCACUACCACAUGAAAGCCAAAGGAUACCAUCAGGUGUGGUGCCCACCAGUGCCGGCGCAUCUCUCCACACAGAGAGAAGAUGGAGCCAAACGAGGUUAUGUCCCAAUGGAUUUGCAGAAGGAAUGGAAAGCCAUCGUAAACACUAGGUUGAUGCAAAAACAGCAGAUAGGAGAUUCCUGGAGUGUAUUAGCAUGCAUUGCCAUUAGCACUACCUGGACCCAAAUCCUGGCUACCCAUGAUACAUUCCCAAGUGCCUAUGCUGACAACUGUGCGUGGCGCUCACUGUCCACGGCCAGUAACCUUGCGGCCCUGCGAGCCACUGUCCACUACACCAAUGCCCUUCAACUUCAAAUUGACUGGCGCAAAACUUGGAUGUGGUCCACCGACUCCCGCAACAAAGACACAUGGAAAAGCCAGAUGCUACAGGAAUGCCCUCCUGAUACAGACAUCUUGAUAGUGAGCAAUGCGCGCGAUUUGGGCUUUACCAUGAGCUACAACAAAUGCCACAGUAGGGCUACACAAAAGGGCAGACACGAAGCUGCUCUUCAGUAUAUGAUUAGGGCCCGCCAAGACUAUUUGUCACUGGAUACCAGGGGCCGAAUCUGUGGAUAUGCACUAAGCAAGGCGCUCUGGGGCACUGAAUCGUAUGUAGUGGGUGGAUCAUGGUUGAAGGAGCUCAGAUCCACAAUAGCCAAGACCCUGAUUCUUAACAAAGGUAAUAGUAACCCAUACUUUGCCUGCUCGCUCCUAACACCUCAUGUUUGUGACCCCACACUCUACCUUCUUCAGAACAGCAUUCGCAACUUGCGAUCAUGGCUUCAACAGGCUACUAGUGAAGUGUUGCAGAACUUUUUCCAGAUUGCCAGCAUGCGUGCCAUUUCCCACACUGCCGUGUGGGGACCAGCCGGCGCAAUGGCCUAUAAUUUGUCUAGAAUCGGAUGGUCAAUCAAUAAGCAAGGGAUACUUCAGACCGAUGCUGACCUUGCCUUUCCGUUGCUCACAUGUUCACAGAAAGAAUUGUUUCGACAGCUUGACUACUCGUGGAUGAAACAUGUCAUGCAAACCUGCAUACAGCGCCAUGAAUGGAAACAACUACCCAUCCCUGACCGACAGGCAACUAUGAAGCUUUUGCAUGACUGUACUGCCGGUGAAACUCGCGUUUGGUGUGAACACAUCACUGGGGCAUCCAUGACAUCCGAGCAGCUCAAACACUUCACAGAGACAAGCUCAUGCCCUCUGUGCCAGAUGCCAGACUCCAUAUAUCAUAGGGUGCUUGAAUGUACGGCGACCGCCAGUGUCCGAGCACAAUUUUCCGACCACAUUGCGAUCUUGGAAGACCUUAAUCCUGUACUGACCACUGGCGAAGUACAAGAUCACCAGCAGAUUGACCGUGCGGAACUUUCAGCGGCGAUUUGGGUGACCCAGGAAUUUGAGGAAGCAGUCAUUUUCAGUGACUCACAGUAUGUCAUUGACAUGUUUGACAAGUUGCAGCAGAUCGACCAGAUUCAACAAGCGCAUAAACUGCCUAACUUUGACCUUUUGUACCAGUGGUGGCCCACGGUCAAGAAACCAGGUCUUUGUUUUCGUAAAGUUAAAGCACAUGCGCUACAACCACAAACCGAUUCGAUCGAUGAGACCUGGGCAAAGAUAGGUAAUGCUGCAGCUGAUAGAGCCGCCAAGGUCGCCUUACAGAGACUACAAAGAUGCACACCAAUGCAUGAGGAUGUACCAGACCGUCUUAGCAUGCUGACCUUGCGCACAAACCAUGUGAAAUAUAUACAUGCACUGCAGACACAACGAGCCCGACUGUUUCAGCAGGAGGACAUCCAACCACCCAUUGGCAACAGCAUACGCAACUGGACAGACCAAAUCCAAGCGCUGGCUCAAUGGCAACCAGCCAAUGGAUGGACGUUCCAUGAGAGCGCAGAGGACUAUGAAAGGAUUGGUGCGUCGCUAUGGGGCUCGGCCUAUAGCUCUGCUCUGAUGGGUUGGUUAGCAAACGUUACAUGGUCCGAAGAGGUGGACCCUUUGGAAGCCGGGGUAACCUGGUACGAACUAUGUUUAUCCUUUAUGUAUGCAACACAGAAAGGAGUCGUUGUUAAUACAGGUGGUACUGGGCCAGAUUUUGCACCCUUGCAGCUGGAAAUUAAUAACUCAGAUGUGGACUUUGGUCGCCAAGUUUUUGCGUUUGAGCGAGCAAUCACCACGCUUCAGACGGUUUUGGGUCGCCCUAUUAUUCCUUCCAAUCGCACCAUGGCGCGAAGUUUACGAAUCUUGGGUUGUGCCAAACUGAAGAGCGGAUUCAAAUGCAGACCAAGUUUCCCCUUUCAGAAAGAUAUCAUCAGCAGUUUGGUGACACACUUUGCAGCACAAGCGCAAAAUGAGGAGACAAUGGGAGCACCACUUGUUCCUACACUGAUGCCCACCGUCACUUGGGCCGAAGAUCCUAGGGAUGUACAACAAGUGCCGGAGGCGGAGAUGAAUCAAUCUCCUAUUUCCAACAGCCUUUUCCUGCCGGAGGGAAAACAACAGGGCAGCAACAGUCAAGUUGCUGCGCGUGACUUGCCAUGCCUCGCCACCAGAAUCAUCCAGAAUCGGUGGGACACGGAUCAG